AUGCGCUCGGCCGGAAUCGAGGGUCGAAGGUCGGCCAGGGAGCUGGCGGAGGCCGUUGGGUUUUCCUUGGAGGAUCAUCACGCCGUAACCGCCGACGGCUUCGUCCUUGUGUUGCAUCGCCUCGUGACCCCAGAUAGACUGGACGGCACCGAUGGUGAUGGCGGUGGACGCUGUGAAGCCAAGAACAUCAAGAGGCCAAGACCGGCGGUUCUUCUGAUGCACGGUUUGAUGCAGGACUCGGAGGCGCUUCUUUGCGGGGGAAGAGACCACGCGCUUGGGCUGCGGCUAGCGGCGGCAGGGUUCGAUGUGUUCCUAGGCAACGCCCGGGGCAACCGCUAUUCCCACAAGCACCUCCGACGAUCGCCAGUCACCUCGGACGCGUACUGGGACUUCAGCAUCGACGAGCUGGCGCGGUACGACACGCCGACCAUGAUCGAUCACGUCCUCAAGGUUUCGGGACAAACCCAGCUGUGCUACAUCGGGUUUUCCCAGGGAACGGCGCAGGCGUUCGCGGCCUUUUCAAGCGACCCCGACCUCCAGGCGAAGGUGUUCCUUUUCGUUGCGCUUUCUCCCGCCGUCCGCGCGAACCACUUGUCCAAGAGCCUGCUGCUGUCAUUGGUCCAGGCCAAUCUCAGGUUCAUCUAUCUCCUGUUCGGGAGAAGACGGAUGCUACCGGUGGCCCUAACGUGGCAGAGGAUGAUGAGCCGCGAGUUCUUCGUGGCCACCAUCGACGGGGCUAUUUCCUACCUGUUUUCGUGGAGUGCGUCCGAGGUUUCGGCCAAACGGAAACUGGAGGUGUACCCGCAUAUCUACAGCUUCAUCUCAGUGAAGUGCGUUCUUCACUGGUUCCAGAUGAUGUACUCGGGCCGCCUGUCGAUGUUCGCCGAUGGGCCCGCUUCGCAGUACGUUCCCGUGACGUACGACGUCGCCAGGGUGUCGUGUCCGGUGGCAAUCGUGUACGGAGGCCGCGAUCAUUUGGUUGAGGUGGAGUCGCUGAUAGAGAUUCUGCCGAACGUGGUCCUGUCCAUCCGGGAGGACAAGUACGAGCACCUGGACACCAUGUGGGCGGACACUGCGAAGGACACGGUGUUCCCGAAGGUGGAGACCUUGGUGCGCCAAAUGUGUCCAACGACGGGAAACGGGGGGCCUACCAUUUGGUGA